UACUUACAAUAAUAUUAUGCUGCUGCUCGUUUUUCUUCUAUUCAUUUGCAAAUUUGAGUAUUGUUAUUCAAACAAUAAUGGUAGCUGCAUUGAAGUGGAACGAGUUGCUCUUCUCAGGUUCAAGGACAGCCUAAUCGACAGAUCAAAUCGUCUCUCCUCAUGGACCGGUCUAGACUGUUGUGUGUGGGAAGGAGUUUCUUGUGGCUCUGUAACUGGUCAUGUUUGGAAGCUUGACUUACAUAACCCAGUUACAUAUGAUGAUGAUGAUGAUAAGUAUAACAACAAUUGCUUGGGAGGUGAGAUCAGUCAUUCUCUAAUCAACUUGACAUAUUUGAAUUACCUUGAUUUAAGUUUGAACAAUUUCUCUGAGAUCCAAAUUCCUAAAUUCUUGGGAUCUUUCAAAAACUUGAGGUAUCUUAAACUCUCAACCUCAGGUUUUGUGGGAAAUAUUCCCCCUCAUGCAUCUUGGGAAUCUUUCGAGGCUAGAGUAUCUCCACCUUGGAUAUUCUUCGGAAGGUCGCUUUUAUGCUAAUAACUUGAUUACAAAUACCUUGGAUUGGUUCGCCAGUCUUUCUUCACUAAAAAGCCUUGACAUGUCUAUGGUUUUCAUUCAACGAAGUGAAAAUUUGUUUGGCACAAUCAAUAAACUUGUAUCUCUCUCUUCUUUAAACUUGCAUGAGUGUCAGCUUAAGAUUACCAAUCCUCCUUCACUUGUUAAUUCCACUUCUCUCAUCUCCCUGGAUCUCGGUGAGAAUGCAUGCGAUGCCAUGACCCUUCUAUGGUUAUCUAAUCUCACAAGACUUGAGAAUCUCAAUCUACCUCAUAAUUUAGCUUAUAGCUUCAAUUCUUCACUGUUAAUUCCUUUUUGUAAGCUCUUCAAUUUGGUCUCCAUGGAUCUCACUUGGAAUAAUUUUCAAGGUCUGAUUCCCCAUUGUCUUGGAAAUUUGACUUCUUUAACCUCUCUUAACUUAGCAAGCAAUAGGUUUGAAGGUUCAAUUCCAAAUAGCAUAAGUGGUCUUUGUAGAUUGCAAACUCUAGAUUUAUCUGAUAAUGACCUAAGUGGGUCGUUAACAGAUUCCUUAGGAGCUCCAUCUGAGUGUCUUUCAUAUAAUUUGCAAAUGUUAUCCUUAGGCCUCAACCAUUUUACUGGUCAACUACCAAAUCAGUUAUACAUGUAUAAAAAUUUGAAUAGGCUUUCUCUCUAUUCAAAUUCCCUCUCUGGUCCCAUAGCAGAUUCACUUGGAAAUUUGUCAAUGUUGUCUUUCUUAGAUAUUGGUUCCAACAAUUUCAGUGGUAGCAUUCCCACAAGUCUUGGACAACUUUCAAACCUUGACACUUUAUAUAUAACCUAUAAUUCCUUCCAGGGCGUUCUCUCUGAAUCACAUUUUUCAAAACUUACCAAUCUCAGGGUAUUAGGACUAAAUGCAAAUUCAUUACUUCAUGUAAAUUCAUUACUUCUUGAUGUAAGAUCCAACUGGGUUCCUCCUUUUCAACUAAAAGAGAUUUACAUGCCUUCAAUCAGAGUUGGCCCUCUCUUUCCGCAAUGGCUUCGUACCCAAAUAAAAGUUUAUGCCCUAGACAUGUCCAAUGCAAGCAUCUCAGAUGCUAUUCCUGAUUGGUUUGGAAAUUUAUUCUGGACUUGCGAGUAUAUAGAUCUCUCUAAAAAUGAUAUUAGAGGAGAACUCCUCAUGAGUGUUGAAUUUGGUUACACGAUUGAAAUCAUACUUUCAAGCAAUCAUUUGACUGGUGAAAUUCUAAAGUGGUUAUGCAAUUUAAAAUAUUUAGUGAUGCUUGAUAUUUUUUCAAAUAAAUUGUUUGGAGAAAUACCUUCAUGCUUUGGAAAACUACAAGAGUUGGGAUAUUUAAAUUUGGGGAAUAACCAUUUAUUUGGUCACAUUCCAAGUUCAUUGGGAUCUCUAAGUAACCUCUACUCUCUGCACUUGCAGAACAACAAAUUUGAAGGGGGACUCCCUUCAAGCUUGCAAAAUUUAAGAAGGUUGAUCACCUUGGAUUUAAGUGAAAAUGGAUUAAUGGAUGUUAUUCCCUCUUGGAUUGGAGAAAACCUAGCAAGUCUGAGGUUUCUUAAUUUUCAGAAAAAUAAAUUCUUUGGAGAUAUUCCAUUUCAAUUGUGUUAUCUGAAAGCUCUUCAGGUGUUGAACUUGGCAAAUAACAACAUAUCUGGGCCUAUCCCUCGGUAUUUCAACAACUUCACUGCAAUGGCUAAUGGCUCAAUAGAUGGCUCUGAUGCAUUCGAUGCAGAUGAUGAGGAAAACAUUCAAGAAGAUAUAAAAGGAUUGGAAUUGGAAUAUACUACAAACCUUAGAUUUCUGAAAUCCAUUGACCUUUCUGGGAAUCAUAUCACCGGAGAGAUCCCAUUAGAAGUAAUGAGUUUGUGUGCAUUGAGUAAUCUAAAUCUUUCUAGAAAUAAUUUGAGUGGGACUAUCCCUCAAACAAUUGGCAAUAUGAGCAAAAUUGAAUCUCUUGAUUUGUCAAUGAAUGUCCUCUCCGGUCCCAUUCCUCAGAGCUUAUCAUCUUUGAAUUUUUUGAGCUAUCUGAAUCUGUCAUUUAACAAGUUAAAUGGAAGAAUACCAACGGGGCAUCAACUCCAAACCCUCGAUGAUCCAUCCAUUUACAUUGGGAACGAAGGACUUUGUGGUGUCCCACUUUUGAAGAGUUGCCUUGGUGAUGAUAAACCGUCAUUUGUUAAGCAGCCUACAGAAACCAAAUUAACCAAUGAUGAUCAUGAGUUUUUGAUGUGGUUCUACGUUGGUUUGGGACCUGGUUUCUUCGUUGGAUUCAUUGGAGUAUUAUGUACUCUAUUGUUCAAGACAUCUUGGCGCUAUGCAUACUUCAAAUGUCUGGAGAUCACUCUCAACAAAGUUUUACGUGGCAUUUCAAUUAAACGGAAAAGGUAAGUCAGCGGUUGGGUGUUUAUCGUAUUUGUUGUUAUGUUUUUAGUGUGUUCGUUAUUUUUCUUAUGUUGUGGUGUGGCUGCUUCAAACUUCUGAGAUUCCCAGAAAGGCCAAAGAUCUGAGAAGCCGCUAUUUGUUGUAGUGUGUUGUCGAUUUUAAUUUGAUAGAAUUUGUAAUUGAUGUCCAUCUUCAACUUUAUAUAUGUCAUUUAUGAUCAGAUCAUAUUCAAUGUCAUGCUCUAUUUUCAUUGCUA